AUGUUCAUGUGCAAAGGUCGAUGUGUUUAUCAUGGCUCAGCUAAAGAUGUUGUUCCAUACUUUGCAGAGCAUGGAUAUCAAUGGGAGCCAUAUGAAAAUCCAGCUGAUUAUGCGCUAGAUGUCUUAAUAGAUGUUAGUCGAAAGCCAGAAACGCUGACAAGAUUGAGUAAUAUAUAUAGCACUACACAUGCAGACGUAUUGCCAUUGUUUUAUCGACAAGACAGUUCAAUCGGUAGUGAAAAUAUUGAGUGUGAACGACGAAAAUAUAAGGUCAAAGCAACUUGUUCAAUAGGAACAGAAAUCUUUUAUUUAUCACAGCGAACAUUGCGUAAUGCUAUGCGAAAUCCAGCAUUGGCAUUGUCACAAACUCUUGUUUCUAUUAUUCUUGGUUUGUUAGUCGGACUAUUGUUCUACGAUUUGAAGAAAACAACUGAACCUGGUGUUCAAAAUCGGCUUGGUGCAAUUUUUUUCAUUGUCAUCAGUCAGAUUUUUAGCAAUUUGACAGCACUUGAACCACUCAUCAAAGAACGUGUACUUUUCAUUCACGAACAUACAAGUGCUGUGGCUCUAAUUAUUGUUAUUCUUGUUCUUGUCGUUAUGAUGAUGUUUAGUGGAUUUCUUAUUGAUUUGCCAAGUGUCUUUGUUUGGCUCUCGUGGAUUCAGUGGAUUAGUGCAUUUCGAUAUGCUUCGAAUGUACUUACUAUUAACGAAUUUCAAGAUCUUACUUUCUGUUGGCCAAAUCAAACCAAUUUUUGUCCAAUGUCAGCUUACAUUCAACUUAUCAGAAGCAAAAAAACUAAAUAG